AGUGUAGCUCUGUCACCUGUGCCUGACCCACUGUCCCCUGGGACUCGGCACCCAGUGUAGCUCUGUCACCUGUGCCUGACCCACUGCCCCCUGGGACUCACACCCAGUGUAGCUCUGUCACCUGUGCCUGACCCACUGCCCCCUGGGACUCACACCCAGUGUAGCUCUGUCAGCUGUGCCUGACCCACUGCCCCCUGGGACUCAGCACCCAGUGUAGCUCUGUCACCUGUGCCUGACCCACUGUCCCCUGGGACUCGGCACCCAGUGUAGCUCUGUCACCUGUGCCUGACCCACUGUCCCCUGGGACUCAGCACCCAGUGUAGCUGUGUCACCUGUGCCUGACCCACUGCCCCCUGGGACUCAGCACCCAGUGUAGCUGUGUCAGCUGUGCCUGACCCACUGCCCCCUGGGACUCAGCACCCAGUGUAGCUCUGUCACCUGUGCCUGACCCACUGCCCCCUGGGGCUCAGCACCCAGUGUAGCUCUGUCACCGGUGCCUGACCCACUGCCCCCUGGGACUCAGCACCCAGUGUAGCUGUGUCAGCUGUGCCUGACCCACUGCCCCCUGGGACUCACACCCAGUGUAGCUCUGUCACCUGUGCCUGACCCACUGCCCCCUGGGACUCACACCCAGUGUAGCUCUGUCAGCUGUGCCUGACCCACUGCCCCCUGGGACUCAGCACCCAGUGUAGCUGUGUCAGCUGUGCCUGACCCACUGCCCCCUGGGACUCAGCACCCAGUGUAGCUCUGUCACCUGUGCCUGACCCACUGCCCCCUGGGACUCACACCCAGUGUAGCUCUGUCAGCUGUGCCUGACCCACUGCCCCCUGGGACUCAGCACCCAGUGUAGCUCUGUCACCUGUGCCUGACCCACUGCCCCCUGGGACUCAGCACCCAGUGUAGCUGUGUCAGCUGUGCCUGACCCACUGCCCCCUGGGACUCAGCACCCAGUGUAGCUCUGUCACCUGUGCCUGACCCACUGCCCCCUGGGGCUCAGCACCCAGUGUAGCUCUGUCACCGGUGCCUGACCCACUGCCCCCUGGGACUCAGCACCCAGUGUAGCUCUGUCACCUGUGCCUGACCCACUGCCCCCUGGGACUCAGCACCCAGUGUAGCUCUGUCACCGGUGCCUGAGCCGCUGCCCCCUGGGGCUCGGCGCCUGAGUGGCAGGUCAGGAACGCUUUCCUGCGUGUGGGCCCAGGCUGCCUUAGAGCGCAUUCUCCAGGCAGGCUGGGCUCCUGUUGCCUGACAUGCCGGGCCUUAGGGCCAGCAGUACUUGGACGCCGUGCUGUGGCCACUGGAGGGCGCCAACAGCCUUUGCAAGGCUCCAGGUUGGGGUGGGAGGUGACCUGAGGGAGAUCAGGCUCAAGGUCAGGAGCAGGCAGAGAGAUUGAGGGACCCAGGCCCCAGCUCCAUGGAACCUGGAGAAGAAACCGGGAAGGCUGCGCCCCUCUUGUGGAGGGCUGGACCACGAAGCUGCCAGGGUCCUCCUGAGUGGGCGUGUUCUCAGGACUUGGCACAGCCACCCCCUUUCCAUGCAGUGUGGACUCUGGUGUCACCCAAUCCUUGGUGGACCCUGUGCAGCGUGAUCCUGGUGAGGGUGGACAGAGUCCAGGCUGGCACCGCGAGGCUGCCGUCAGCAACUCUGAUUUGAUAGCAGCUCUGCCUGGCUGUGGGCUGAGGCAGCAGUCACAGAACCUGCCUCCCAGGGCCGGCUCCUCCCCUUUUCCUGCCUGCAGGCUGGGCAGGGAGAGGCUCCCAAGGCCGAGGGUGGGGCUGUUUGUUUACUGAACGCACAGUGUUGCUAGGGAGCCUUGCACCGUCAGCCACGCAGCUCCCAGACCGAAGCCGCAGGGAAGGUGGGCUGCCCGCUGUGUCCUCUGUCCUGGCUUUUAUUUGGGUGAACCUGGGACGCUGUGGAGAUAAUGUGAAGUGUGAGUGUAGGCUCAGGAGGCUGCGUGUGGCACAGGGCAUCUCGGGCUCAGAGCAGACGUGGGGUCACCAGUGUCGCUGCUGUGGGUGACGCGUCAGAGAAUCACCCGAGUCCACGUGUACAACGUGGAGACACGUUGUGUCGGACAGGCAGGGCACCGAGGACAGGGGAGACGGCCUUGCCCUUGACCAGCGUGUCCCUGACCAGCUCCGUGUGCCAGAGGGAAGUCCAGGUGGCCAGUGUGCCUGGAGUCCUGGAGGCCCUCCUGGCCACAGCACCUGCAGGGGUGGGGACUGGUUGGGGGAUGGGAAUGCAGGCAGCCCUGGGGGUUCCAGGCUCCAGGGAGUCUGGGCCUGGCAGGUGCCACAAGCACCUCCACUUUGGAGCCAGGGGUCCUGCGGACAGGCCGUCCUGUCCCAGGCCACUCUGUGUGAGCAGACCGGGAGGAUGUGCAGGCUGUCCUGGCAGAGGCCUGGGCCUGCUUCAGCCUCGGUUUCACCUGCUGCCCUGCCUGCCCGUCGCAGGGAAGGACCACACCUGGGCCUCUUCCUGCCCUUCCCAGCAUCCUCAGCCCUGUCUGUCACCUCAGCAACAAUACAAACAGUGUACUGUGCCCCACCCGCUCCCCUGCAGGGAGGGGUGCUGCAGACCCGCCCAUGGGCUGGGACAAGUUCUUGGCCAUGACAGUGUCACCAGCCCUGCUGACCCAUCCAUUUACACCCUCUAUGGGAGCCGAGGGGGUAGCCAAGGCCUCGCCUCCAGCACUGGGGUCAGAGCAGCCCCAGGAGGGCCUCUGUCCCCCAAGGGCACACACAGCACUGGGGCUUCUGAUCACUCCUGUCCCUCACGUGGCCCCCAACUGCCACUGGCCCUCAGCCAUCUCCCUGUCCCCUCUGCCCAGUUGCUCGUGGCUGGCCUGCCCCUGGCCUCCGAAUCACCCUCCCGACCCUUCUCAGGGUCAUCUGUGCCCAGCUUGUGGUCAGGAGUUGUUUGGGGGGCAGUUGAGGAGGAGAAAGGUGGGGAGCUGAGCGCCUGAGUUUACCUCUCGAUCGUGGGUGCACACAAAUCAACGUCCUGGCUGCAAGGGACAAAGACCCUCUUCCCACUGCCGCUGGAGCCAGAGCAGAGGGCCCCCGAGAGCCUGGGCCCUGUCAGCAGGUGGACGGUGGCUGGCUGAGCUCCUGCCCCGGUGCUGCCGGAGUCCUCGUUGUGGCGUGGUCCCCACAGCCUCUGCUGGCAGCUGAGCCCUUCCCCCGCACCCUCACUGGGCACUGUUUCUGCUGCAAUAGGCCCCUUUUCUUUUUCCUUUUUAAUGUUUCACUUUGUUUAUUUGAGGCAGAGAGAUCUUCCAUCCACUGGGUCACUCUCCAAAUGGCUGCGACUGCCUGGUCUGGUCCAAGCUGAAGCCAGGAGCUUGGACUCUCUCUACAUCUCCCACGUGGCCGGUGGGCUCUUCCUGGUCCACCUCGUGGCCCACCUGACGGCAGUGUCCAUCGACCCUGCGGAACCGAACGUGCGACUCCGGGGCUAUUUGAAGCCACCACCAGUUUUUGACCGCUCUAAGCACGAUCAUGUGAUCGAGGACCUGUACUGUCAUCUGUGCCAGAUCAAAGUGAACAAGCACACUAAGCACUGUAGGACCUGCAACAAGUGCGUCGCAGGGUUUGACCAUCACUGCGAUUGGCUUAACAACUGCGUGGGCAGUAGAAAUUACUGGUACUUUUUCUGCUCUGUGUUGUCUGCCUUGGUCGCCCUGCUCUUCCUCAUGGUCAUCAUGCUGUACAUCUUUACAAAGCAGGUCAUGGACCCCAGGAGUCUCCGCACUGACCGCCAUUACAAAGAGGUAGAGGACGGCACGUGGCUGCUUUUCCUUCCUGUGCUCCCCACGCGUGUGAAGACCCCAGUGGUGCUGUGCAUCGGGGUGGCUGCGCUGCUGCUGAGCCUCAGCAUCGUGUCGGCGCUGGGCCGCCUGUUCGUCUUCCACGUCUACCUGAUUGCAAAGAAGAUGAGCACGCGUGACUUCAUAGCGCAGGGCCAGCUGCCACAGUGUCCCAAGGCAGCGUGCAGGAGCAAGCCGGCUGUGGACCCGGAGGCGGGGCCUGAGCAGGGAAGACGUGGACCGCCCGCCCGCUCUCUCCCUGG